UCCAUCUUUGUCCUCGCCUUUUAAUUGUGACUCUGUUUGAUCGUAUUCAUUUACUUCUCAAUAAUAGCUUCUUCUAGCUUGUUAGGAACAACAUGUACAAAAAGGUUUUGUUUUCCAACAAUUUUUGCGUGUGGUGCAAAGCGAUGACAGUAUAAUUAGAACGGCAAAAGAAUGCUAAGAUAUAACGGUACGAUCUAAGCAAGAAUGAUUAUGUAAUUUUACUGCGUAAGUAUGGGCACGCUUAUACGAUUACUCUUCGCAUACUAUACGGGAUACGGCGCCUUACACUUUACUUACUACGAAUACACAACUAAUCGUUCCUUCCAGUUAAUAUCGACGUCAACCCUUAUGGACUCUUCUAAUAGGGAUAUUACGCUCAACCAUUAAUUGUUUGGAAGACCAUGCAUGAAUACUCUAACUAUUUAAAGAUCAAAUUGUUGACUCUUCAAAUUAUAGUUUCUUGCUCUGGGACAUCAAUAUCGUUGGCCAAGCGGCCCAAGCCUAUAGUUCCUUACUUAUUGUCCUGAUCUUUCUCCGUCAGAUUAGUUGGAGUAUUGAAGUCCCGUGUGGUUGAGGCUUGAAGUUUGAAGUUAAUGAUCAAGCUGGGUUUACAUGUUUUCUUUUUUUUUUGCUAAGAAGGUUUACAUGUUUUCACUUCCUUUUCAUUUUGUGGUUGAAAAUUGAUCCGUGUGGUUCCGUUGGAAUAUGCUUUUGCCUUUAUAUAUAUCUAAGCAAUCUUGGGCCUAGGUAAUAAUAGUUUUAUUCAUUGUCAAUCUUGGGUCCUAGCUAAUAGUUUCAUUCAUUGUCACGUUAAUGGCAUAUAAAACGAGAGAAACGGAGUUGCCAAAGAUAUAUAACAUAUAUGGAAUGAAAAUGGAAGAGAGUAACGUUUAAAAGAUAUAUUUGAAUUACUCUAUCUAUCUUCUAUCGUGUACACUUUAUUAUAUUCUACUUUAAUUUUCAGAAGAUCGACCAUGGCAGACAGAGAGAUGGCUCCUCUGCUAAGGGCUCAAAAUGCGGUGGAGGAAGGCGGGGAUAUAUGGAUAGAGACGAAGAAGCUAUGGAGUAUUGUUGGACCGGCAAUAUUCACCAGAGUCGCGACAUAUUUGUUCUUCCUCAUCACUCAGUCGUUCGCGGGCCAUCUUGGCGAGCUCGAACUCGCUGCCAUCUCCAUCGUCAUCAACAUCAUCAUUGGCUUCACCUAUGGCCUUCUCCUUGGAAUGGCGAGUGCGUUGGAAACGUUGUGCGGUCAAGCCUUUGGAGCAAAGAAGUAUGGCAUGCUAGGAGUGUAUAUGCAGCGAUCUUGGAUUGUUCUCUUCUUGUUCUCCAUCUUGCUCCUCCCUAUGUUCUUCUUUGCAACCCCGAUUCUUAAGUUUCUUGGCCAGCCUGAAGACAUCGCCGAGCUCUCUGGUACCGUCGCUGUUUUGGCCAUUCCUCUCCACUUUGCAUUUGUCUUCGUUUGCCCUAUCAGCCGAUUUCUCCAAUGCCAGCUCAAGAAUGAAGUGCUAGCAAUAACGGCUGGAGUGGCACUUGCAGUUCACAUAUUUGUGUCAUGGCUUUUUGUGUACGGUCUUAAGCUUGGAUUCAUAUGGACCAUGAUUACUUUUAGUUUGUCAUGGUGGCUCAAUGUCAUCAUCUUGUUUGUUUACAUCGUACGGGGAGGUUGUCCGCUCACUUGGACUGGUUUCUCCAUGGAAGCUUUCACGGGACUAUGGGAAUACGCUAAGCUCUCUGCCUCUUCCGGAAUCAUGCUUUGCUUGGAGUUUUGGUAUUAUAGGAUUUUAAUUGUGAUGACUGGAAAUCUGGAGGAUGCAAAAACUGCUGUUGACUCUUUAUCUAUAUGCAUGUCGAUAAAUGGUUUGGAGCUGAUGAUUCCACUUGCUUUCUUCGCCGGAGCCGGGGUACGAGUGGCGAAUGAAUUAGGAGCAGGCAGCGGGAAAGGAGCAAGAUUUGCAAUGAUCAUAUCAGUGACACAAUCAUUAAUCAUCGGAAUAAUCUUUUCAGUGCUCGUAGUGCUUCUUCGUGAUCAAAUCGGUUGGAUUUUCUCUUCAAGUGAAACCAUCACAAAAGCAGUUACCGAUCUCUCUAUUCUACUAGCGUUUACGAUUCUUCUCAACAGUGUUCAGCCGGUUCUUUCCGGUGUUGCGGUCGGAUCGGGUUGGCAAUCAUUUGUUGCAUACGUAAAUUUGGGAAGCUACUAUUUCAUUGGACUUCCUCUUGGAUUUGUUAUGGGCUGGAUUUUCAAGUCUGGUAUUAAGGGCAGUCAAUCUCCUUUAUGAAUUUGAUAUCAAUAUUUUGUAGUGAUCUUGAUCGAUCUAUAUCGUGACUAUUAUAUGUUAAUAGGGCAUGUGGGCAGGUAUGAUAUUCGGAGGAACUGCAGUUCAGACACUGAUAUUGAUCUUUAUCACCAUGAGAUGUGACUGGGAGAAAGAGGCACAAAAAGCAAGCAUGCGCGUUAAAAAUUGGCAGGUCUCUGAUGCAAGAAAAUGAAAGUGAAAUCUUAAAUGUUCCAUAAUAUUGUCUCUGGAGCAUAUGUUUUGAAAUAAGUGACUAAGCCCAAUACAUAUUGUAUCAUGUCAAUCACAUAAACAAAUGAUCGAAGGCCACAGCUGGAGCAAUGACCGAUUUGUUUUCUUUAUGAAUGUUUUAUAACAGAAUAGGAAAUUAAGUACACCUUGACUUCAUAAUAAUCUUAAUUCUUUACAUAAGGAAUUACUUA